AUGCGAGCGGGCCUCAGUUUUUUUUCGGUUAAGGGAAAGGUCGCCGUCUGGCCACCUGCUCGGGCUUUGAUCUCUGACGGUUUACGACUGUCCCAUAGCCUCCCCGAAAACAGCCAGGCCUCGGGCUGCCACCUCCAGUCCCUGGCGCCUGCUUCGCCGUUUCUCUCUCGUACACACCGGCAUACGCAGGACCCCGCCCACAUGCUCAGACUGGGCCAGCCGGCCCUCCCUUCUGUGAUGGGGGGUAGGGACGGGUGGAAAGGUCAGAAGCCGAGCUGCGUGUCGUGGGAUGAUGCACGUUCAUGUCACAUAAUCCAUCUUUCGGGGGCUGGCGGCAUCGCCCACAGACGGGAGGAUCUGGAUCCCCGGACGUUCACGCUGAUUGUGGAGGCUUGGGACUGGGACAACACCACACGCCACAAUGACGAGGAGCUGCUGAUCGAGCGCGCCAUCCACACCGGCAUGGUCAACCCCGGCGACCAGUGGCAGACCAUCCUCCACGACGGGCCCGUGGCGCGCAUCAUCUACCGGAUCCGGGUGCGCUGCGACGAGAACUACUACGGGAACAAGUGCAACAAGCUGUGCGUGCCCCGGGACAACUACUUCGGCCACUAUCGCUGCGAGCCCUCGGGGGCCCAGGUGUGCCUGGACGGCUGGAUGGGGGCCGACUGCCGGACAGCGAUCUGCAAACAAGGCUGCAACCUGUUACAUGGCGGCUGCUCUGUCCCAGGCGAAUGCAAGUGCAGCUUUGGCUGGACGGGCCAGUUCUGUGACGAGUGUGUGCUUCAUCCUGGAUGCGUGCACGGGACCUGCGACAUCCCCUGGCAGUGCAACUGCAAGAGGAACUGGGGCGGCCUGCUGUGUGAUAAAGACCUGAAUAUCUGCGGUCGCCACCAGCCUUGUGUCAACGGAGGAACCUGCAUGAACACCGAACCGGACAAGUACCACUGCGCCUGUCCGCAGGGCUACUCUGGAAUGAACUGCGAAAUAACUGAGGACGCUUGUGUCUCCAACCCCUGCGCUAAUGGUGGUACGUGUCUGGAGGGUCCUGCGGGGUACGAGUGUCUGUGUCCGCUGGGCUGGGAGGGUCCAACCUGUGCCGGCAAUUUGAAUGAGUGUGCCUCCAGUCCUUGUGCUCAGGGGGGGACCUGCAUUGACCUAGAGGAUGGCUUUGAAUGCAAGUGUCCUCCACAAUGGGAAGGAAAAACCUGCCAGAUAGAUACAAAUGAGUGUGCAGGCCGGCCCUGUGCGAACGCUUUCUCUUGCAAAAAUCUGAUUGGUGGAUAUCACUGCGACUGUUUUCGGGGAUGGUCCGGACAAAACUGUGACAUCAAUGUAAACGGCUGCCGUGGUCAGUGCCUGAAUGGAGCAACGUGCAAGAAGGGCCCAAGGGGUUAUCACUGCCAGUGUGCUCCUGGAUUUGUGGGCUCUCACUGUGAAAUCCAGAGGAAUAAAUGUGACAGCAGACCGUGCCAGAACGGUGGACACUGCCACGCUGUGCUGGACAGCUUUGUGUGUGAAUGCCCAUCGGAGUUUGCUGGCCAGCUGUGUGAGAUCUCCAGUUGGUCCCCCUCAGAUACGUGUGAUCCAGACCCCUGUGAGAACGGCGCCACGUGCCACGGCAUGGACCAAGACUUUUACUGCGCGUGCCCCGAAGGCUACGAGGGAAAGACGUGCGAAAACCUCAAAGAGGGCUGCCCGACCACGCCGUGUCAAGUGAUUGACAGCUGCACCGUAGCCGUGGCGACCAACGACUCGGCCGGAGUGCAGCGCGUGUCGUCCAACGUGUGCGGCCCGCGCGGGCGCUGCGUCAGCCACCCGGCGGGAAACUUCUCCUGCGUGUGCGAGCCGGGCUUCAGCGGCGUGUACUGCCACGAAAACGUCAACGACUGCAUGGACAACCCCUGCGGAAACGGGGGGACCUGCAUCGACGGGGUCAACUCCUUCCAGUGCUUCUGUCCGGACGGCUGGGAGGGUCAGCUCUGCGACCUCAAUGUGAACGAGUGCGGACACAACCCCUGCAAGAACGCCGGCCGCUGCUUGGAUCUGGUGAACGACUUCUACUGCCAGUGUGCCGACGGCUGGAAGGGCAAGACCUGCCAUUCCCGUGAGAGCCAGUGUGACGAAACCACCUGCAGCAACGGAGGCACCUGCUACGACCACGGCGACACCUUCCGCUGUGCGUGCCCGCCGGGCUGGGCAGGAAACACCUGCAACACAGCCAAGAACAGCACAUGUGCUUCCAGUCCUUGUUCCAACGGGGGGACGUGUGUUGGAGGUGGGGACACCUUUUCCUGCAUCUGCAAAGAGGGCUGGGAGGGACCAACCUGCGGGCAAAACACAGACGACUGCAACCCUCAUCCCUGCUACAACGGAGGGAUCUGUGUGGACGGAGUCAACUGGUUUCGCUGCGAGUGCGCCCCCGGUUUCGCCGGACCGGACUGCAGAAUCAACAUCAAUGAGUGUCAGUCCUCUCCCUGUGCUUACGGAGCCACCUGUGUGGACGAGAUCAACGGCUUCCGCUGCAUCUGUCCCCUCGGCAGAACGGGAGCGCGCUGCCAAGAGUUCAUAGGUAUUGGAAAGGUUUGCCAUUACGCCGGGCUGCAGUUUCCCCACGGCAGCACCUGGGAAGAGGAGUGCAACAGCUGCCGCUGCAUCAGUGGCAAAGUGCAGUGUACGAGGGUGCUGUGUGGCCGCCGUCCGUGCCGGCUCCGGCCGUCCGGCCAGGACCAGAGGCGGCUGUCCUGCCCGGCUGGACGGGAGUGUCUGGAGCACAGCUACUACACCUGCUUCUCCCCGCCGUGCGACCAGCGGGGGGUCUGCUCCGUGGCCGGACCCUCACCUCCGCAAGCGGCCACCAAGUGCCAGCCGAACGGCGGCCAUUUGGACAACAGCUGCGGCCGCAUAACACUCGUUUUCAACAGAGACAAAGUGCCACCGGGAACGACGGUGGAGGAUAUUUGCUUCGAGCUGAGGUACCUUCCGGAUACCAGAGGCCUGGCCAAAGACCACGCCCUUCUCCUGCUGUGUGAGCUCUCCCAUUCAAAUCAGGACGCCGUGGAGGUGGCUUUGUCUUUUCAGCCGGAGGACCUUCCGGACCACAGUCUGAUCCAGGAGGCGGCCAGCGCCAUUGUGGGCACCUUGUCCAAGCGGCACAACAGCACCGUGAUGCUGGCGGUCAUCGAGGUCAAAGUGGAAACGCAGGUCAUGCCCCCUUCAGUGGAUUACUUGGUGCCUCUCCUGUGCGUCCUCUUCUGCCUGCUUUGCCUGUUCUGUAUCAUCGUGUGCGUCUGGUGGACGCGCAAGCGGAGAAAAGAGCGCGAGAGGAGCUCGCAGUCGGCCGCCGACGACAGCGUGAACAACCAGUGGGAGCCGCUCCGUCUGGUGGUGGGCCGGCCGCCGCCGCAGCAGCUGAAGGAAAGCAACAGGGAGGCCGAGCAGGAGCGCAAAAAGCUCAUGGGCCCCUCCUGUCGGACGUGUGAUGAGGAGGAGGAGGAGGAGGAGGAGGAGACGGAGGGCGAGCUGGAGCUGGAGGAGGAGUGCGGCGGGGCGGAGGCGGGGAAGCAGCUCGUCUAUAAGUACUCUAAGACUGCGGUGCAGUCCAGCGGGGGGGUGAUCUGCACCCUGCACAGCUCCAGCUCGCCCCUCAAAGCCCCCCACCGGACCCACGGCUACAGCCCCAAAGACAACCGCUGGAAAAGCGUCAGCGCUGUCUUGACUGGUCAGAAGGAGCACAGAGACCAUUGUGUAUAAGAAAUCUAAACAAAGAACAAUGCGGAAGCAAGAGGGGGGGGCUGCAAGGCAGCCACAAUUCUAAGUUUUGGGACUUUGUUUGGAAAGAGAAAAAAAAAAAAAAAAGGCUUUGUGUUUUAAUAAGCCAUUCUUUGCUUUAAUUUCAUAUUUUGCCCCUCGGUCACCUGAGGGGCUGUUUGGAUUCAGAAGGCUCGAGCACGGUGGACAUCCUCCGUUUUUUGCUUCUGUUUUCUUAUUUUUCGUUGCGUAUUGAAGAAGCUAAAUUGUAACUGUUUCAGAAGGCAAAAGAGAGCUUUCUGCAUUAUUUUGGGUUUUGGAAUUGUACCAUUUAAGAAAGAGUUAAUAAUUGAAAUGGAGUUUAAGAAACUGUAUAAAGAUUUUUGUUUACAAAGGAUUAUGAUUUUCUUGGAACUUUUCAGUGGGCUUCUGUUCGUUGUCUGUGGGAGCAGAUCCACAUUAAAGGGACUGUAAAGGAAGGGUCCGGAGGGAAGUGGACUGUUGCAUCCAACCCUCCCUUUGCCCGUCACCUUCCAGCUUUGCCCACCAAUCCACCUGUGGCCGUCGUGCGCCAGCCUUACCAAAACACUUGGCCUGGAGGAGGAGAGGGGACCGAAACCCCAGUGCCUACUAUGUGGCCUUGCAUUUUUUUUGUUUCUCCUUUUUCUCGGUUUUCUCAGCUGAAAGCUCUGUUUGAGGAAUUUUUUGCAGUAUUUGAGUUGGUAGCAAGUGCCUUUCUAAGAGCUGUGUUUUGGCUCCAAGUCGCGCUGCCCAAUUUGACCUCCUUGUCCUCCGAUCUUAAAGGGAUACAUGUACAUUUAGAGUUCGGUUUCACAGCAACGCCAUUCAAGGUAUUUGAUCAAAACAGAAAUGACUACUCUGUACAUAAAUGUAAAUACAAAGGAGUCGCUGUGUAUAUUUGAAAUAAGUAACUUAAAGACAAGUCACACAUUUUUAUUGUUAUUAUUAAUGAUAUUCUUAUUUUUUCUUUUCUUUUCAUUUUCUUUUUUUUUUUUACAAUGCCAUUCCUUUUAUUUAUGUCAGUCAAAAUAGGCAGGUUUUAUAACACUUAAUAUCCAGCGUCCCGCUGUUAAGAACCUUUACAAUGAGGUACCACCUAUAAAGGAAUUUCUGAAGGGUUCAUAAAUGGUUUGUCAUGGGAUAAAAAUGUCUUUUGUGAAUGUAAAGUAAAAAAAAUAAUGCUUUUGAGCGUUCACUUUUGAAUUACUUUGCUGUAGAACAUAAUGUAAAGACAUAACUUCUCUUACUGAAAAUUUUGAGGGCUAUCUGGCUUUAAAUGAUCAACGUACACUGUCACAGUUUUCAGCCUCUUAUGUUCUUUUUAAUUAUUUUUACUCCUCAGUUUAAUUUUUUUAAAACAUUUUCUGUUUACUAUAGUGGUGUUUUUUGGUUCUUAAUAAAGAGUUAAACACAUGGAUGAAAGCAGCCACUAAUAUAGCCUUAAAAAUGCUUCAAACCAUUUCUAAACCCAUCACAAUCCCUUUUAUUUCAGGUGCCUUAAUGUAAUUAUUUAUGUAUAUCUGUGUUAUCAGUGGUCAUCAUUUUUUGUUUUACUUUCACUAUUAAGAAAAAGUUCUUCUUUCAUUGCGUUGUGUAUUGUGGUGCGUUUUAUUCAACCGAGUAAAGCACUCUGUCUCACUUUGCUAUCAUGGAGAUUUCUGAAAUAAAACAAUAAUGGAGAAGAGGGGGGGGGGGGGCAAUAAAAAAAAUCCACCAUAACUGUUUUGAACGUUAUGAAUGUGGAUGUUUCAUUGGUCAAAUGUGGAUGCUUCAGCAUCAUGUUUGGUUCCAAGGCUUUAAGGGAUCAAUGUUUGCAGGUUCAGAUUAUUUUCUUUUUUUGCCAUUAUGCAAAUAUGUUUAAAGUUACCAACUCGGUUUCAAAUUACACAGUUUUCCCCCUUUUUCAUACCAUGCCACUGUAUUUCUGUAAAUGGGACGCAGCAAAAUAAAGAGUUAAAGUUGCAGCACUGCUGGUGUUAAUGGCUGAAAAUGUAUACUGAACACAGCUGGUGGACAAGAGGGCAGCAAUUAGUUUUGUACAAAGUACCAAAGUUUGAAUUCUGGAGUGGAUGUUGCGUUGUUAUAAAUAAUCAUUCCACUUAUUUAUUAAAGCGGUUUUGACCUCACUCUGGUAUAAGUUGGUUUGUGGUGCAGAAAUCUGUGUAUAAAUUGUGCAUAUAUGUAUGAAUUUCU